UACCAUGGUAAGCAGUCUAUCCGCGGUGACGGUGACGAACAGGCCGAUUGUACGUUGCUCCGUCGCUUUCAGUUAUCGUGACAAUCGAUUUCCGAUUAUCGUUCUCUGGAUCUCUAUCGAUAGAGAUGUGUCACACAUUCCUAGAAAUCGCAAACUAUCCCUCCAAAUAACGCUUCGUAUUAGUCACCGUGUUAAUUUGAUAUAUCGUAAAAAAAGUGAGCAAAGAAAAGUAUAUUGAUUAUAAGUGACUGAUCUUAUGUUAUUAAUUGGUGAAUUUCUCUGGAUAAAUCUGCGUGAAACUGUACUUUCUUUUUAACAUUGUAUUACUCGAGAUGCAAGAGGAAUCAACGAUUUUCCUGAUGUAUUUUUCGGACGUCAAUCAUUAACUAUGACGGAUGAUUCGUGAAAGGAAUUAAUACGUCCUCGGACGUGAUUAAAAUCGAAUAAAUCUUUCACUUGAAACAAAGUGAAAAUUUUCGAAAUGGAUAAUUUCGCGUGGUUAUUACGUUCUGAAAAUAGAACAGAAAGCGCAAUAAUCGAUGGCGAAAUAUCAAGAUUUUCCAAACCGUUGAGAACAUUUGCAGCUGUAAUUGCAAUAUUAAUUAUGAUCACUGGCCUUACUGGUAAUUUAUUAACAAUCAUUGCAUUGUGCAAAUAUCCCAAAGUUCGCAAUGUUGCAGCAGCUUUUAUUAUAAGUCUCUGUGUAGCAGACUUCGUAUUUUGUCUUCUCGUAUUGCCUUUCGAUUCCAUUAGAUUCGUAGAUGCAAGUUGGGCAGACGUACGAUUCUUCUGCGUCCUUGUACCUUUCUUGAGAUAUGGAAACGUUGGUGUAAGCCUUCUCUCCGUUGCAGCUAUCACUAUCAACAGGUAUAUUAUGAUAGCUCACAAUGGUUUGUACAGCAAAGUUUACAAAAAAUAUUGGAUUGCUUUCAUGAUUGUAUUCUGUUGGAUUUUCUCUUAUGGAAUGCAAUUACCCACCCUGUUAGGAAUUUGGGGUAGAUUCGAUUACGAUUCGAAUUUAGAAACUUGUUCGAUCGUAAGGGAUAGCAGAGGUCAUACAUCGAAAACCUUCCUUUUCGUGGUAGGUUUUGUAAUACCCUGCCUGAUCAUUGUCGGAUGCUAUACUAAAAUAUUCUGGGUAGUCCACAGAUCCGAGAUAAGAAUGCGAAAACACGCGAGUCCAACGAUAAAAUCCCCUCAUACACCCGGAAGGGAUACCAGGGAGAUCAAACAGAGGCGUAGCGAAUGGCGAAUCACGAAAAUGGUCCUAGCCAUUUUUCUCAGCUUCGUCGCUUGUUACCUGCCAAUCACCAUCGUUAAAGUUGCCGACGUCGAAGUUAAAUAUCCAGAAUUUCACGUUUUGGGUUACCUGCUGCUCUACUUCGCCUCCUGCGUGAACCCGAUUAUUUACGUGAUCAUGAACAAACAAUACAGGCAAGCGUACGCGGGCGUGAUAGGAUGUUCGCGGAUAAGGGCGAGCCUUUCACCCUAUGGAAGCAGCGCACCGGGUCAUCAUCACCAGCAGGACUACGGCCAAGAUUAUUCGAAAGAUUUCAGCAAAACGAUGGUAUCUACAGUCUCAAUCGCCAUGAAUCCUGUAAGAAAUUCUCAUUUCGAAGAGCAACCGUAAUUUUAAUAGACUGUUUGGAAGAAGAAGAGAAAUAUAUAAAAGAUAUUAAUUGAAGAUUAAUCUUGAAGAUAAAAGCCAGUAUUUAGAAUGUUUUAUAUAACUUGCAAAAUGGAAGAGAUAAAACUGAUGAAGAUAGUCCAUUAAGAAUAUACAUCAUCAGAUACUAGAUAUUUGUACAUCUAUGAGAAAUUUAAAUGUACAAAAUAUGGAGAAGGACGUAAUAUGCAAAGUAUAUAAAAUACCUAAAGUAAGAUACUCAUUUAUUUAGAUUUUAUUUCUUUAAUUAUUCAUUGUACGUAUUAAACUUUUUAAUUGAUAUCUUAUAUUCAUUAUUAAUGUGAAUUCGACGCAUUAUGAAAUACAUAUUUUAUUAGAAAAUAUAAGAAAUGCCAUAAAAAAAGAUAAUGAUUGUAUUAAAAGAAGAAAAUAUGAAUGUAAAUAGCAAAACUUGAGAACAGUAUAAUUAAUCCAGAUAAUUAACAAACUAAAGAAAAGAAAACAGUUGAGCUGUUAUUAGAUUUAUCUGGAUUAGUAAAAAAUGACUAAUAUUGUAUAAUAAAUGAUAAAAUAAGUUAUUUGUCGACCGAUAAAUUAGAUAUUGAAAUAUAAUUAAGACAAUCGUGUAUAUUUAAUUUUUACCACACUUGAAUACAAGUGUUAUAUUUUUACCAAAGUUUACACGUGUGUACAUAGAAAUAACAUAAUUAAUUUUUGUUACCAAUGUAUAAAAAGUAUAAAUUCUAAAGAUAGAUUCGUAGUUUAAAACUUUAUAAAUUUAUUUUAUAUUUAUUCCGUAUUUUCUUUGAUUAAUUUAUAUAUGGAAAUGAUAUAAAAAAUUAUUAAAAUACAAAGUAAAUAAACCUAUUUAUGAAUUUAAAUAAAUGAAUCUCUAUAUUGUUCGUUCAAAAAUAAAAUAACAGAACACUUUUUCUUUGGAAAAUAUCUAUUAAAAAUUAUUCGUAAAAUCCAAUGUAUUGACAAACGUCUUUAGAAUUUCUUACAAUUAUUAAAUGUAUAAAAACCUCGUUGUCGUAAAGAAUAGCGAAUAUCUGUUCUAUAAUUCUAAAAAUAAAUAUAUUCUAAAUUUCUUUGUAAAUUAAAAAUAUUCAUAUCGUUGUACAGUAUUUAUAACAGUACAGUAUUUUUAAAGCAUGUACAAUUGAGAUAUACAAAUUAUACGACUAAUUGUAAAUAUAUUAUAAAAGAUAUGCAUCGCAGAUUAAAUUAAUUAAAAAAAAUCGUAUUAAAAAGUAAGUUCUUUCGAAUAUUGUGAAAAUAAUAUUGUCGCAUAAAUGGUGGGAAUUUUAAUUGAAAAUCGCAAGAAAAAAAAAAUUAUUACUUGCAACAUCCGCUCUUUUCUCGGAUCGUAGGUUUGUCUCGCAGUCGGACAGAAUCACGAAUUCCUCCGUCAAUUUUAGUUUUGAGCACGUUUUCCACAAGAUAACGCAUCGCCACAUCUGCGAACAGAAAUGCAAAAUAAAUUAGCGCGAAAAUAGAUAAUACUUGUUGCAUUGAAUGAUAAAAAAAAUUAAUAAAUAAAUAAAAAUAAUGUAAAAAUUGAGAACAAUGAUUCUUAUUUAUAUACGAAAACUUUAUUCUUGGAAAAUUUGUUAUAAAUUAAAAUUAUUCGAGUUUUAUAAGAGUAUUUAAUUUGCUUACUUUGAUAAAUUUUUCUCCAUUAACAAUAAUAAAUAUUAUAUAACUCAUACUUACCAACAUUUGUAUUUUCUUUCGCAGAAGUUACAUACCAAGCGCCAAUAUUAUUCUCUUUGCAAAACCUGGCAAUUUGUUCGGUAGGUACCACGGGGCAAGGAAUGUCGCAUUUGUUCGCUAAGAGAACUACCGGUAUAUUCGAGCCAUCCGGCAGUGUGACUUUUUCUCUCAAAUCACACAGCCAUUUCUUGAUCGAUUGGAACGUAGCUAUUCGCGAAAUAUCGAAAACCAAAGCAGCGGCCACUCUGAAAAUUACGUGUCGAAAUUAUCAAUUUGUAACGAUAAUGCGUUUUACUGCAAUACAGUAAAUAUAAUUUAAUCUUGAUCGUUGCGAUUACUUACGCAUAUUUGUAAUAAACUCUGGUCAUAUAUCCAAAUCUUUCAUGACCGGCGACAUCCCUAAAAGAAAACGAAAAUUAAUUGUAAUGAAAUAAAGAUGCGUAUAAAAAUAGUGCCAUAAAAUCACAUUUAACGUUUUAUUUUAUUAUAUUAUAAAUUUUAUCCCGAAAUUUUAUGUAUAUAUAUAUAUAUAUAUAUACACAAAAUUUAGAAAAAAUAGUUUAAAAGAUCGAUAAUAAAGAUUUUUUGAAAAUA